AUGGAUGGGUGGAGAUGGACCGGCAAAGCGGCUGCGGCUGCUGCUGUGGCGUUCUUGCUCCUGUCGACCGCUCCUCCUGGAGGAGCAAGGAGAGAACCCGAUGCCAACAACAAUGGGCGGAGUUUUGUUUUUAACUAUACUCUGGCCAAGGCUGUUGUGGAAUAUGCUGCAGCUGUAUAUAUGACAGAUCUGACGGCUCUAUAUACAUGGACAUGCUCAAGAUGCAAUGACUUGACUCGAGGCUUUGAGAUGACUUGUAUAAUUGUUGAUGUCCAGAAUUGUUUGCAGGCAUUCGUCGGUGUUGAUCACAAUCUCAAUGCUAUCAUUGUUUCAAUCAGGGGAACUCAAGAGAACAGCGUACAGAAUUGGAUUAAGGACAUAAUAUGGAAGCAGGUUAAUCUUAAUGAUCCAAACAUGCCCAAUGCUAAGGUCCACAUUGGGUUUUACUCUUCUUACAAUAAUACAGUUUUACGUUCAACCAUCACGAAUGCUGUUCGCAAGGCAAGGAAGCUACAUGGACAUAGUGACAUAAUUGUAACAGGGCAUUCGAUGGGUGGAGCAAUAGCUUCUUUUUGUGCCCUUGAUCUUGCCAUGAGCUUUGGAAUUAACAAUGUUCAUCUGAUGACUUUUGGGCAACCGCGUGUUGGUAAUGCUGCUUUUGCCUCCUACUUCGCCAAGUAUGUGCCAAACACAUUCCGAAUGACACAUGAACGUGAUAUUGUACCUCAUCUGCCGCCUUAUUUCUUCUUCCUCCCACAACUGACGUACAAGCACUUCCCCAGAGAGGUGUGGGAACAUGAAGUCGAUGGCAACACAACCUAUCAAGUCUGCGAUGGCAGCGGUGAAGACCCAAACUGUUGCAGGAGCGUGUUUGCGCUGCUCUGGAGCGCUUCUGACCACUUGACCUACAUGGGAGUUGAGAUAGCGGCCGACGACUGGAGCACCUGCAGGAUCGUCCUGGGGCAAAGCGUCGAGCAGCUCAAAGGGAGCCUUGCCAGCGACAUUGUGAUGUCCGGACUGUCAGUCGACGUUGUCAUCGCGGAUGAUAGUGUGCAAAUUGAGUGA